AUGGCGGCAGAUUUCGGCUUUAUUGGACUGGGUAAUAUGGGAUUCCAAAUGGCAGGGAAUAUACGCAAGAAGAUGCCAUUAUCUACGACUCUGCACGUAUUCGAUGUCGCUUAUGCAGCAAGCGAACAGUUUGUCAAGAGCUUUGGCAGCUUCGGACCGAUCCAGAUUGCCCAAACGUCGAAAGAAGUCGCAGAAAGAUCUCAAACGAUCGUCUCUAUGGUCCCAAACAGCGACAACGCACGUGAAGUUUAUCUUAACCCGCAACAUGGAAUUAUUGCCGCUACAAAGAAUGCCGAUCGAUUAAUGCUGGAAUGCAGCACUAUCGAGGUUAGAGUUACUCAGGACAUCGGAAAAGCAAUCAUGGAUGCUGGCCUGGGUACAUAUCUUGAUGCACCCGUUUCUGGAGGCACUGCUGGAGCAGCAGCUGCAACUUUAUCUUUCAUGGUUGGGUUCGAGAUCAACGACCAAUCGAGCGUCCUUGAGAAAAGGAUUCGAGAAGUGCUCCGCCUUAUAGGUGCCCCAGAAAAGACGACAUUCUGUGGUAGCCUCGGUUCAGGUCUUAUUUGCAAAAUCGUUAAUAACUAUAUCGGCUUGAGUAAUAUUGUGACUGCUGCAGAGGGAAUGGCUCUAGGUAUCAAGCACGGGGUCGACAAGAUGACUCUAUAUAAGUGUAUCAAAGGAUCGAGUGGUGAUUCUUGGGUAAUGGACUUUGCACAGCCAGUGCCCGGAAUUCAUCCGGAUUCAGCCUCUACAAACGGGUUUCGGCCAUCUUUCGCACCGCGUCUCUGUGUGAAAGACGUGGGCUUAGCUUUGGCAACUGCGAGCGAGGUGGGUAUUGCAGCCUCAAUGGGCGAAGCAGCUUUGAAGAUUUUCGCGAAGACUAAUGAUGAUCCACGGACAACACGAACAGGGGACGUCAACUUUACUCUCCCGGACGAUGCCACGCUUCAAAGCCCCACUUCAAUUUCUGCAGAUGUUUAUGGUACAUUGGGCCAUGAAGGCCAGAAAAUUGUUCUCAGUGGCGUCACAGUGAACGAAAUCAAUGGAGUUCAGACAAAUGAACAUCUGGGUCUACCGACGACAGAUUCUAACGGUAUCGUACGCCCUGUCACAGCCGGCUCCCCAAGGAGAAGGCUUAAGGUCGUGACAGUUGGUGCUGGGUUUUCUGGUCUGAUCUUUGCUCACAAGUUACAACACCAGUAUCCAGAGUUCCAGGAAAUGCUCACGCAUCAGAUCCUGGAAGCCAGAGACGAUAUUGGAGGCACUUGGCUGGUCAACAGAUAUCCCGGUGUCCAGUGCGAUGUACCUGCCCAUAUCUAUGCUUUCCCAUUUGAGCCAAACCCUAGCUGGUCUCACUUUUAUGCCACUGGGCAAGAGAUAUUUAGCUAUAUAAAAAGCACAGUUAAAAAAUACAACCUUGACCGCGACGUAAAACUUAGACAUAAGUUAACUGAAGCGACCUGGCAGGAGGAAUCAGGCCAGUGGAGAAUUACGGUUGAGAAUCCCGAGGGCACCUAUAUCGACCAUGUCGACUUCUUAGUUUCUGGCCAGGGUGUAUUGAAUUCCUGGAAAUGGCCAGAGAUCAAAAAUUUACAAAGUUUCAAGGGUCAUAAAUGCCACUCUGCCGCGUGGGACGAAGGCUACGACUACUCGGGCAAGACAAUCGCUGUAAUUGGCAAUGGCUCGUCAGGUGUACAAAUUAUUCCGAAACUUGCGGCUCUACCUUCUACGAAAGUCAUUAGUUUUCAAAGAAGUCCCAAUUACGUCUAUACGCAUCUUGCGCCGGCUAGUCUUCUAGGUAGAGAAGAUCAGGCCCCCAAUCCAGCCUACACAGAAGAAGAUAUUAGACGAUUCCGAGAAAACAAAAAUUUCCACAGAGACUAUCGCAGGAAAAUGAUUCAGCAGAUCAAUUCCGCAUUUAAAAUGUUUGUUAAAGAUUCGGCCCCAAACAGAGCUAUUACUGAGCUUGCACGUAAGCAAAUGGCGAACAAGCUACAAUAUGAUAAGGAUCUUUGUGAGAAACUCAUCCCUAAAUGGUCAUUGGGCUGUCGUCGUAUAACACCCGGCGAGGGUUAUCUCGAGUCACUGCUCCUGCCAAAUGUACAGGUCAAGAAUUCUGUUACAGAAAUCACUGAGGACUCUGUGAUCACUGCAGACGGGGAGAGCUUCAAGGUCGAUGUCAUCGCCUGCGCUACUGGCUUCGACGUUAGUUUCAAGCCACAGUGGCGAAUGAUUGGACGAGGUGGCGUUGACCUCGGUGAGCAGUGGGAGAAGGACCCAGAAUCUUACUUGGCUCUUGCGGCAUGCCACAUGCCCAAUUACUUUAUGUUUCUAGGACCGAGAGCCGUAGUAGGCCACGGUUCUCUUAUUGAAGCCAUCAAUUGGACAGCUGACUAUCUCUUGAAAUGGAUUCGAAAGGUGGCGACCGAGGAUAUCAAAUCAAUUAUGCCUAAGACCAAGGCGGUCGACGAGUUGACCCAGUAUCAGGACGAAUUGCACAAAAAGAUGAUCUGGACCGAAAGUUGCAAGAGUUGGUUUAAAGGUAAUCGGUCUGACGGAAGCGUUGCUGCUCUGUUUGCAGGAAGUGCUUUAUUGUACAAACAGUUAGUGAGUGAAAUUCGCGCAGAGGAUUGGGAGAUUGAGUAUCGGAGCAAGAAUCGCUGGGAAUUCCUGGGAAAUGGAUUCACAGCCCAUGAAUUGGUUCAAGGAAAUGAUUUGGCUUGGUACAUUGAGCAUUAG